AUGGAUCUGAACUCUGGAACCUAUGAUGACAUCAAGGUCAUUCACAGGGCCAGUGAGUUAGGCAAUAUUGAAAUGGUGAAGUACCUGAUGAAGAAGGGAGCGUCUUUGCAACCGGUAAAUCGCUUUGGCGAAAACACCUUAUCCCUGGCCAUCAAGAACAGGCAUUAUGGUCUUAUCAAGUUCCUGAUUUUGAAGAAAGCUGUCCUCAAAAUCCCACCAUUGACAGCCGUAAUGCGUUUGCAACAAGCUGUAGCCAACAGGGAUAGUUCCUUACUGCAUGCUUGGUUCCUGGGUGGGAUCGACAUGGAUGGAAAGGAUUACAAUGGCCGUACGGCCAUGCACCUGGCUGUGCGCAUGCGUGACAGACAACUUGUGAAGCUUCUGCUGGGUUAUGGGGCCACACCUUUGGUGAGCUCAGACUACCAUCUGCUGUCCAUUAUAACACUAAUGCGUGUAAACAUUUCACUCAUGUUUGUUUGUAUUGACAUCCUUGUAUUUUUUAUUUUUAAAGUAAGAUUUUAG